UCACGGCCAAAAAAAAUAAAAAUUGAAACAUUGAUCCUGUCCUGUCCAUGUCCACGUCUGCCUCUGUGCGAACCACAACCUUUGACUAGCACCUACACUCUCUCCACUCAUUCUCUCCUCUUCUUCUUCCUCUCUCUCUCUCUCUCUCUCCCCCCAUCACAUCACCCUCACCGUCAAUCAUCGCCUUUUGCCAUCCCGUCCCAUCCCCCGUCGUCCCCUAAUCGUUUCUCAUCCCGAUUUCUUCUUCAAGCCUCCCCUUGUGCCACGUCGACUGCAGGAUUUGCGUCUGGUAUCGACUGAUUUGAACGUACCGGCUCGCUUGCCUCCUCCAACCCUUGUUUGCACCUGAGUGGCUGCUGAUUGCGACCUUGACUGAUAUCCUCGCAUACCUACCUACAUACUUUCAUACAAAGUACACCGCAGACCCCACCUCAUCCUCCUCUGUCCGUCCGCCCCGUCCUCCACACACACAAACACACACACACACAUCUGUCGGUCCGUCGUCUGCCUGCCUGCCUGCCUGCCUGCCUGCCUGACUGUCUCCCUGCCGCCGCCGCUCCCCCAGCUUUCCUUUUCUCCCGUCUGCCUGAUCGCCCAUCUUCGACUCCCCCGUGCAUGUACGUGUCUUGCGCUGUUGACCUCUUCACCGAGGGCCCUUGCUUGUAGCUGCGCUCUGCGCUGUCCCUAGCCUUUAUGCUCUCCAGCCCUCCAGAGGAAGCAGAAUACACUCGCACUGCCACCCUCACCCCCGAGUCGCCGAAACCUCUCCACUAUCCAUCGCCAUCCAACAUCCCCAUUCUUGAGAAGCAGAUGGACCCGAUGCUGGGUGAGCCUGCCAUCACCAUCGGAACUCCUGCUUCAUACCACUCGCUUGCGCCGCCCCCGACCCAACCCCCGAGCGUCCACUCGUCCACCACCACUCCCUACUACGCCGAUUCUCAAUCCACGCAGAAUGCUCCGGCCUACAGCGGCCCGAUGAUGGGUGCCCAGUCGCAGCAACCACCUACGUCUUCAUACUCUGCUCAGAACUAUUCUGCCCAACAAUCACAGCCCUCGUACCCUGAUGCGCAGUCUGCUGCUGCCUACCAACAUGCUGCUCAUGAUGCCAACGCCUACUCCUCCCAUGCACAGUCUGCCUCCAACCUCCAAUCCGUCGAUGUGCAGGCACUCCUUGAUCGGCUGUCUACUCCCACAAACAAUGCUGCCUCUGGCCAAUAUGCCGCUCUUUCCUCAAUGCCCCAUCAGCCUGUCCAAUCCCACGGCAAUUCACCCACUACCUCCUUGCCAGCCGCCGCUAAUCUCCCGCCGCGCCCUCCGCCCCAGGAGAAAGGUGCCACCAAUCCAAACUACAACCCGAAUGAUGACAUAAGAUCCUAUCACCCCCACAGCGGUCAUCGUGCAUCUUCCCAAUUGCCAUCCACCAGCACCCGCGGCGCCACGGCGGAUCAACACGCGCGUUCAAACCAGAGCCCCAGCGCUUCUAGCUUCACACAGAGGCAGACGGGCGAACAGGACCAGAUGGAGGACGAUGAGGACGAUGAUGAGGAUCAGCGCUGGCCACCCAAAGUGAAUGAAAUGUAUGAGCAGUUCCUCAACGAGGAGAGGAGAUUCGUGACAGAAGGGCAGUGGGAGAAGUUUCCCUACGGUUCGCGACUUUUCAUUGGCAACUUGCCCACUGAGAAAGUCACGAAACGUGACAUCUUCCAUCGCUUCUAUCGACACGGCACUCUUGCGCAAAUCUCUAUAAAGCAGGCUUAUGGCUUUGUUCAGUUUAUGGAUUCCGAAUCCUGCCACAGAGCCAUUACUACAGAACAGGGACAGACAGUGCGAGGCAGAAAGAUGCAUCUCGAAGUUUCCAAGCCACAACGAAAUACGAAGAAGAUUGAACCCGAAAGAAACCCCGCCCCGGCCCGACGACGUUCCCCAACUCCAGAUUUUGCUCGUAGAGGAUCCGGUCACCACGGCAGGAAUCCAAUCUCGCCUCGAGAACGAGAUAAUCGCAGACCUCGCGAGAAUUAUCGACGGUCCCCCUCGCCAAGGAACCGCUACCGUGGGAGAGAUAGGAGUCGAGAUCGCUACGACGACCGACGACGAAGUAGAAGCAGGUCAAGGUCGCCGCGACGACGUCGAAGCUCAUCGCCUCGAAGGGGACGUUCGGACGAUCUCCCACUUCCUUUCCGAGCGCCAAACGAUAUUCCGGACGUCCAGGUGCUGGUCCUCAACGAGACGCUACCUAGGGACUUCAUACGAUGGGUCGAAGAUACAUUUCGACGCGCAAGUCUGCGUAUCGAUGUUCUCAUCAUGAGCCCGCGUCUCGACGAGUCGGCUGUGGUGCAGAGACAGAUCGUCGAAGGUGUUUUGGCGGUUGUCAGAUUGGACGCUACAGCCUUGUCCAAAGGCAAGAUUGAUAUUCAAAUCUUCAAUCGGCAACACGGAAUCAGCAACGUGCAGUUCAAUAACUACGUCGAUCUCGAUCCCGGCACUGCCGCCGCACUCGUCAUCUCUGCCAAACAGAACUCUAACCAGCCCGUGCAACCGCCACCGAUGCAAAACACGUACGGCCAAGGGUACAGUGCUCCGCAUCCGCCCUAUAUACCUCCAGUGUCUGCCACUGCGGCACAUGCACCGAAUUUGUCAAGCAUAAUAACGUCAAUGGAUCAGACCAGUCUGUCGCAGCUGUUGGGAGCCAUCUCCGGCAACCAGGCGGCACCAGGCCCACAGCCUCCUGCAGGGCUGACGCCAGACCUGGCACGACUGCUCAGCCAAGUGUCAGGAUCGAAUCCAACUGCUUCGUUCAAUCUACCUGCAAUUGCCAACCAGGCCUAUAUGAACCCGUUCCAGAAUGUUUAUAACAGUCAAGCUCAGCAGCCCGCAGCUGGCCAUAACGUUGGCGCUACGACACAGCCCGGACAGCCGGACAUGAAUGAGAUCAUGGCUCAACUAGCCAAGUAUCAGCGGUGA